UCGCCGUUAACGUCUCUGUCUCGUGCACAGAGCAGAAUGAAGAGCAGUGUCUUCUCUUGGACAGCAGAGCAGGCUGAGACACUGCUCACACUCUCCAUCGAUUGACUUUAGCACUUUGUUACUGAUUUUACGUGAUUUUUUGACCUAUCCGGUUAUUUAGUGCUGUGGUUCCUCUUUGUCGGUUGAUUCAGUGCGUCAGCGAUGUCUGAUUGUUUGACUCUGUUGCUCAACUCUGAUGUCGAGUAAAUGCUGGUGUCGUGCUGAUCGUUAACCCUGUAUUCUGUUAUCUUAUCGCUGUUGAGUGACAGCGCUACGUUUCCGAUUGACACAUGGAAUGAAGUGGGGCAGAACUGAGAACAGUAUUCCUGUUCCUCCUGGUGUUUUGUUAUGCAGGCGUCUCCGGACGUGCCCGUCUGUCUGUCUGUCCGUCCUGCUGCGGCCGUGGGCUGGUGUAGACGGAGGGGGGAUGAGUAGGGGGCAGAGCCAUGCCUUACGUGGAUCGACACAACCGCGUCUGUGGCUUCCUGGACAUCGAGGAGCUGGAGAACAGUGGCCGGUUCCUGCGCCGGUACUUCCUGCUGGACACACAGCAGGGCAGCCUGGUGUGGUACAUGGACAACCCGCAGAAUCUGCCUGUAGGGACUGAAUGUGUGGGCUCACUGAAACUCACCUACAUUUCCAAAGUCAGUGAUGCUACCAAGCAACGACCAAAAGCAGAGUUCUGCUUCGUCAUUAAUGCAGGAAUGAGGAAGUUCUUCUUACAGGCUAAUGACCGGCAGGACCUUGUAGAGUGGGUCAACGCACUCAACAACGCCACUAAAAUAACUGUGCCCAAGUCAUCCGAUGUGGUCCAUAGUUCUCAGUGUCAGAGGGCAGUGUCCGAUAUUCAAGGCAGCAAAAAGCAAGUCUCCUACCGUACAGACAUCAUAGGGGGAGUGCCUAUCAUCACACGCACACAGGAAGGGGAUGACGGACAGACAGCCAGCAAAGAGAAGGAGGCAUUGAGACGCCCCCAUGGUCCCCUGUGCCGAGCCGCCCAGGAACAGGGCGUGAUCAAGGCAGGCUACUGUGUGAAACAGGGCGCUGUGAUGAAAACGUGGAAAAGAAGAUACUUCCUUCUGGACGAGAACUCGAUCAGCUACUUUAAAUCUGACCUUGAGAAGGAGCCCCUGCGAAUGAUCCCCCUUAAAGAGGUUCAUAAAGCCCAGGAAUGUAAACACAGUGAUAUUUUGAUGCGAGACAACCUCUUUGAAGUUGUCACCACAUCAAGAACAUUUUAUGUACAGGCGGACAGUCCUGAAGACAUGCACAGCUGGAUUAAAGCCAUCUCAGGGGCCAUAGUGGCUCAGAGGGGCCCUGGGAGAGCUACUGCACCUGAACAUGGCGUUGGCUCCUCCUCAUUCUACUACACACACUCGUUUGGCUCUGCCCCCUGGAAGACCAGCCCCGCCUUGCCAGCCUACCCAGAAUGCCGUGGUGCCACGCGGCCUUGCGUGGGACAGCGAGCACUUCAUGAGUCUACUGCCGUUGCCCCGGCAACAUGCCCGCCUGUCACUGCAAGAGACCCACCUCUCCAAGUGACUCACGAGUCUCCAUGGCGACGCCGCAGCAGUUUUGGUAUGCAUGACGCCCCUCCCCCGUCUCCUGACUUGGACGAUGUGGAGCUACCAGUUAGUGAGGUCUGACUUCUGAACUUUAACCAUUCACACUGAGACGACCCCUGACAGUGGAGGAAUGCAUCAAAAAGGAAGAAAUGGGAUGAGAAGUGUCCUGGAUGUCUCCGCAGAGUGGACACAGAAGACGUCCUGAUGAUGGCAGAAACGAAGACAGAAGAGUAGACAGCGAGCCUGCCCUGAAAUGCGGGACCAAAACAACUAGACGUCUGAGGGGAGGGUUUAUUGGGUGGAUGUGGGUGUGGGUGUGGGUGUGGGCGUGGUAUGUGAUUAAAAAAAUAAUAAUAAUAAUUCAAAGUGGGCCCAUGACUAUGGGCGUAUUUUCUGUUUUUAUGCGAUGACUGUGCUAACCACUAGAGGGCGGUCUACUAACCACUGCGAGUCUCACAAUCUGCACAAGGUACCCUGGUAGUGUAGUUCCUGAUUCAGUCCGUUAUUCUGGGUAAUAUGCGGACAGGAAGAAGGUUGUUUGCGGGGAGGGAGGGAGUGGCUACAAACCCGUUCCCUCACAGUGAGACAUGAUUGAGACGUUCCACGUCAGGUUUCUGAAAGGCAGGACAUUAUCUUUCUCAGGAGGUGCUCGUGAUUGUGUGGAGUUUGGUGGCACUACACUAGAAACAUUACCGUGUUACUUACACUGUAAAGUUUAUGGAGUUUUCACACACUACUAGAGACAGAACCACUUUUAUUGUUUCACCAUGCAUUUAACACUGUACACCAGGCUGGCUAACGUCUGGUAACACACUCACUAAACCUGGAAACACUGAUGAGUUGGUCAGGUUAGCUCAUCAAGCUGGGAGAUGCCAGACCACUGAACUCUGUGUCCCUGGUCCCUGGUUUAUAUGGCAUGUCUCAAACUGUUUUGUGUUUUGAGUGUUUUUAACAUUGUAAAUUUUUGCCCUACUCAACCCAUGUGACUCAAAACCUGUAAUGUACUGUGUGCUACUGUUCCUAUCUCAGAUCAGACCACACCUGAGUCUUCACACUUAUGAAAACAUUUUUCUAAUUCAUUUUACGGAGCUCCUUAUGGGUCACUCCUGGGCCUUGUCUUAGAAAGACGAUUAGUUUGGGAGAAUCUUUUAGCGAUGCGAUGACCGCUACAACACGCGGUCCUUUUGAUUAGAGGUACUCAGCUCCUGUCCUGUGGACAAACCGUCAGCGUUCUGUGCUUAUCUACACACCUGCACACGUCCUGGAGGUCUCACGCAGCUGACGUGCAGGUGACCCACUGGCUGAGGGGGUGUGUCGACUAGACGUAGACUAGACCCAGGACUAGAGAGUGAAAUUGGGGCCCAGACAUCUCACGAGGAGCCAGAGUACCUGUGUCUCUUUCUAAUUUUAACUUUUUUGCGUUUUGUUUGGUGAUUGUAACAGUUAAUAUCUCAUAUUUUUGUAUUAUUUAUUAUGUGAAAACAUUGAAGGAAUAAACUGAACUUUAAUUUACUGUGUUUAGUUUUUGUGAAGUGUACAUAAGUGUUCAUUUGUUACAUACAUGUCAGGGUUUUUCUUUUUAGUGGUUGAUAAAAAAA